AUGAGCAAAACUCCCUUUGCCAGAGGCCUCAAGGUGGUCAACACCGAGAGAGCCUCUGUUUCCAUGAGGGAAAGAAUAUAUGCCGAAGGCGGUAUCCUGAGUGUAACAUCCAGGAUACUGGUUGUAGAUCUACUAUCAAAGCUCCUCGAUCCUGAAAAGAUUACGGGAAUGGUUGUGCUUCACGCUGACAAGAUUCUGGCAACUUCAACCGAAGCUUUCAUCAUUCGAAUAUUCCGACAAAUCAACAAAAGUGGGUUCCUAAAGGCAUUUUCCGACUCCCCUGAACCAUUCACAACAGGAUUCGCACCUUUAGCCAAUUCUAUGCGUAAUCUAUUCCUUCGCAAAGCCUCUUUAUGGCCGCGAUUUCAUGUUACUGUUGCCGAGUCCCUCGAAGGCCACAGAAAAGCUGAGGUCAUUGAGCUUGAGGUUCCCAUGAGCGACAAGAUGCGUGAAAUGCAGAAUGCAGUCCUUGAAUGUGUGGAAAUAUGCAUCGGAGAACUGAAGAAAGCCAACACUGGCCUGGACAUGACAGACUGGACCUUGGACAGUGCUCUGCACAGGAGCUUUGACAUCAUGAUCAGACGGCAGUUAGACCCCAUAUGGCACCGGGUUACGUUCAGGACCAGGCAGAUUGUUAGCGACUUGAGCGAUCUCAGGGCGAUUCUCCAUGCGUUGCUGACGUACGAUUCGGUAUCAUUCGUGAAAUAUCUGGAUACUAUCGUAACUGCGCACUCUCCUCCUCCUGGGUCCACAAGGCAUAACUAUUCACCAUGGCUGUUCCUUGAUGCAGCUCACGUUCUGUUCCAGACUGCUAAGUCUAGGGCAUAUCAAGGAAAGAUAAGCAAUGACGUGGCUCGCUCAUCAAUGAAUUCAUUCCCCACUACUCUUCAACCCGUUUUGGAAGAACAACCUAAGUGGGAAGUCCUGGCAGAAGUGCUGGAGGAGAUAGAAAGUGAUGCAUAUCUCAAUCCAGUCAAUGUGGACGAGUCAAACAGCACAGUAUUGAUCAUGUGUACUGACCAGCGAACUUGCCGACAGCUUCGGGAGUAUUUGGGGACAAUGCAUGCCCAUGUCAAUGACGAAAAUGAAGACGACAAAGAUAUUGGUGACAUCACUAGGAAGGGCUCUGCACAGGUCAUGAUGCGUAGGAGACUGCGGGAUUAUCUCAAUUGGAAGACAUCUCUGUCUAAUGUGACAAAAAAUUUAACUUCGAAACCAACAAAUGACGAGUCCCAGGCUGGGAAAAGCCAAGACUCGCCUGGAUCAUCCGCUCAACAAGGGCGAGCUCCUCCAAACAAACGACGCCGAGUCCGUGGCGGAGGUGCUGUUUCAUCUGCCUCUGGCCGUGUACCGAAUAGCAGUGUACAGACAGAUGUUGAAUUGCCUGGCCAAUUCUCAAACUUACUGGAAGAGAUCCAACCCACGGAAGUCGAGGAGGUCCUGAAGGAGGAGGUCAUAAUUGACGAUCUGGAGGAUAUGGAAGAUUUCUAUGAGUUAUACGAUAUGGAUGAUUUAACCGUUAUACACCCCUACGACGGUGACAUGGACGAGCACAUAUUGGAAGAAGUGCGGCCGCGGUAUAUCAUUAUGUAUGAACCCGAUUCGGCGUUCAUCCGACGAGUGGAAGUCUAUCGCAGCUCUCAUGUUGGGCGGAACGUACGAGUGUACUUUAUGUACUAUGGAGGAUCUGUCGAAGAGCAGCGGUACCUUAGCGCAGUCCGGCGCGAGAAAGACUCAUUCACGAAGCUCAUUAAAGAGAAAGGCAACAUGGCUGUCACUCUCACACACGACAAGGGUUUUGAAGACCCUCAAGAACAAUUCCUGCGCACUGUCAACACACGCAUUGCUGGAGGUGGGCGGCUAGCUGCAACAGCGUCACCACCUCGAGUCGUGGUGGACGUACGCGAAUUUAGAAGCGCUCUUCCAUCUCUACUACACGGUAAUAAUAUGAUCAUUGUCCCAUGCCAGCUGACAGUGGGCGACUAUAUCCUCACCCCGGAUAUUUGUGUUGAACGCAAAUCGAUUCGUGACUUGAUCACUUCCCUUAAGAAUGGCCGUCUCUACAACCAAGCAGAGACGAUGCUUCAGCAUUACAAGAACCCACUUCUUCUGAUUGAGUUUGACCAGAACAAGUCGUUUACCUUCGAUGCAUUCGCAUCCGCAACGACACCAGGAACGACUUUCCUAACAGAUUAUGGUUUCUCUUCUUCCGGAACUGUGACCACAACCUUGUCCGCCAGCAAUUCGCUCGUUAACCCCUCUAGCCCGAAGUCCGCCCAACACCUCCUUGUCCUUCUCACUCUUGCAUUUCCUCGCUUAAAGGUUAUUUGGUCAUCCUCUCCUUACCAGACUGCGGAGAUCUUCGCGGAACUCAAGAAGAACAACCCGGAGCCAGAUCCUAUCCGAGCAGUUCAGAUCGGACUAGACAUGGACAUUGCAGCUGGCUCCGACUCUGGUAAUGUCAUGGCUGCAGCUGGCAUAGAGCACCGUACCUUCAAUCUCCUUCCUCAGGAUAUGCUCCGAGCCGUUCCGGGCGUGACACCGAGUGUCCUCGAACGGCUUAUUCUUGAGACGGGAAAUAUCUCGGAGGUCGCUAAUAUGGGUGUUGAGCAAUUGGACCCUCUUGUGGGAACAGAAGCCGCACGCAAGAUCGUCAAUUUCUUCCAGAAGAAUGUGUUCGAUGAAAGCUAA